AUGAAGCACAUCCCAGAGCGCCGUUCCUACGAAGCUUCAGGCGACAUUCCCAGUAUCCCCGAGCCUGAGCCAGCACACCUCCACUCUGGCGACUCGUCCGACGACGAGCGAGAAGCGACUGAGCUGCGUGAUGUCUGGCGUCCAGCGGUACGGCGAAACGUUAGACCUGCACACUGGUACGACGGCUUGCAGAGGUGGUGGAAGAGGAACGUUUACCUCUCCGUUCCGCAUGUGGACUGUAGGGAUCAUCUGGGCUACCUGCGAACCUCCCUCGCCCUCUCCAUCAUGGGCAUCAUCAUCGCACAAUUCUGGCGACUCCAGCACGCUCCCAACCCGAAUCCAGUCUUCGGGUACUUCAUCGUCAGUGUGCCCCUCGCAGCGAUUCUGCAAGUCGCAGCUUUGUGUACUGCGCUGCUGGGUGGCAUCCGAUUCUGGAGACAGCAGACGGCCAUGGCGAGAGGGAAAGUGUGGGCGGGAGGGUGGGAGACUAUGGUUAUUGGAUGUGGAGUGAUGGCGCACAUCGCGGCUACAGAUGUAACCGCACUCGGCGCUGCAUCGGACUCCAUACCACAACUACAUCAGCUGCUGCACGAGGGCUUAAGCUCACGAUAA